GUGGUGAGUCAACAUCACUUUUUUAAAGAGACUGUAAUUUGAUAUUUUUACAGUUUCGUUUUGUAAUAUAAGCAAUAAUUAACAGACUGCAGAAAUCAGUCCAGCGAGUUACAGGCAUUGAAUCCCAAAUAACAGGCAUUUAAUCAAAGUAUAUUAUACAGUAAGCAGAAACAAACUGGUGAACGUUUUAUGCAAAUAUGGCACAAUCAAAAUGGACUGUAAUGAGUUAUAUACUCAUGGUGGUAUUCCUGGCAAUGUUUGGAACAAUUGGACUCACUCGCUGGAUAACUACUGAUAAAUCACAUGGGGUUACUGAGACUGUUCUAUUAGUAAUGUCACUGAUGCUACAAGUAACAACUGUUAUGUGUCUCUUUGUGUUUACCAGGGUGAAUAAAACUCAAUGGAGGUACGUUCCCUGGAGGCUCUCUGAUACACACGGAAUAGCAUUCAUUUGCCUAACUGUAUUCCUUGUUGGAACAUUCAUCUAUGAUUUAUUUCGAAUCAUUGCCACAGCUGAAUGUUUGAAUGUGUAUAAACAUUUUAAGAAGCUAUAUGAGGAAAAAAUAAUCAACCUUGUAUUGCUGAUCUUGGAACCUCUGAUUUACAUGCCAUCACAGCUGCUGUUUUUGAUGUGGUGUAACUAUGGCAACAUUCAGAACAAUCCAAACAUCGAAAAAUCCUAUGUGUUUAUGCUAGCGUCAGGAACAAACAUGUUCUUGUGGAUAUACUCAUUUUUGUUCAAUUGUAAAAAUAUAUUCCCAGAACAGAACAAGUAUAACACAACAAUGCUUGACCCUGCUAUACAAAAACAUGCGAAUGAGUGUCUCCAUGGUGAGACAGCACUGCAGACAACAGCAGACAAUGUAGAGAUUUAUCUCUACCCUGUUCAGAUGGAGUUCUGUAUCCUAGCAACUAGUUUACUUCUACAUACUUGGUCUCAUAUAAAGCACAGUCAUAUGAAUAUGUAUGCUGAAAUGAUUGACUUCCCAGAUGAUAUUGGUGAUGGUGGUCCAAAUGAUGAUGUGAAUAGACAGCAUGCUCUGAUUGGUAGAAAUAAUGAUGCAAACAAUGAAGUGAAUGAAAACAAUGAUGUGAUUGGUGCAAAUGAUGCUAACCCUCAAGAAGGUCAUCAUGUGAAUUGCUAUGGACUUUUAUGGAUUGUUGGAAUCCUGUUUAUGACUCUGAUGUUUACAUUUGAGGGUCUUUUAUAUGUUCAGACAUUUUACAGCAAAGCAAUCUAUAUUGUCACCUGGAUUAAAACAAUUUAUGACCUGGCACUCAUAAUGGUUUGCACAUAUGUGCUAUACAGACUGAAAAAAUCUGGUCAAAUGAGACAGUAUGGUAACAUUGACACUAAAUCUGUCAUCCUGUUAAUCUCAUCUCUUGGCCUAUUUAUUAAUGCUGCGUUCCUGUAUGUCUCUGUGAUUCCAACUUUAAUCUACAAAACCACCGAUCCUUUCUGGGCAGACAAAUGUAGCGACUUUAACAUUAUUCACGAUAUGUCGUACUAUGAUGAAAGUUAUCAAGAAUUCCUCAUCAUCAGCGUCCUUAGUUUGAUACGCCAUACUUUCAAAAUUAUUCAAGUAAUUCAACAAGUAUAUCUGAUCAUCAUGCUAUCCAGUUUCUACAUUGGCCCUACUGAUAAUUGGUUAUCCGAGUGUCUAGGUUUCGUAUUGAUACUCAACUUUGGUCAUUGGUUAGCAGACAGUAUCGUUGAGGUAAAACUCUCAAAUGCAUCCCCUGUUCAAGAACACUUUUUUGGAUGCAACAACUGGCUCAUCAUGGUUCACUUGUUUUUCCCUCUAUCCAUCUACUUCCGAUUCCACAGUGUGUUGAUGCUAUCUGAACAUAUAAGACAUACCAGGCAUCAACACUAUAGUGGCUAUCAACCAUUGAAUGGUGACAAUAUUCAGAACCACGAGCAAUUGGGGAAUAACAAUGACCAGGAUUGAACAUAUAAGACAUACCAGGCACCAACACUAUGGUGGCUAUCAACCAUUGAAUGGUGACAAUGUUCAGGACCACAAGCAAUUGGGGAAUAACAUUGAUUAGGAUAUAGAGGGGGGUAUGAACUAUCUCUGCAAGUUUAUGGGCAAACUCUGUAAAAAUAAUUAUAAACAAAUUUUAAACAAAUUGCAAAUAAUAUUUUAAAAGCUUUGGUUGUAAGGCUUCUGAAUUUUAAAAUUUUGAUGACAAAAUGAUAUGUAACAUACAUGUUAUAUGUAACCUACAGUGUAGCUUCUGUAAAUGAAUCUUUUUUUAGUUGUAUUUUUACUUGGACAUUUAACUUCAUCGUUAUAAGGUUAUAACAUUUCAAAUGCUGAACAGGUCAUAACCAUACCUGCCUAUCCAAAAUAAAAUUUUGAUAAUUUUUGAAUGUCUUAUUAUUUUCUUGUAU